ACAAGGCAUUUAUUUUUGCUUUUUUCCUCUCAUUCUUCUGACCUCAAUUAAAAUCAGUCCCUAGAUAUUGAUGCAAUGGGUUCUGGCAAAUUGGAAUUGGGGAUUAUCUUCGUCACUCAGACUGGAGUUGGGAUCCUAGGAAAUUCAUUCCUUUUUUGUCUUUAUACUUUCUCUUUGGUCACUGGACACAAGUUGAGACCUACAGACUUAAUUCUCAACCAACUGGUCCUAGCCAACUCCAUGGUCCUUUUUUCCAAAGGGAUCCCUCAAACAAUGGUGGCUUUUGGAUCCCAGUAUUUCCUGGAUGAUGCUGCCUGUAAACUUAUCUUUUAUUAUUACAGAGUGAGCACUGGGGUUUCCUUCAGCACUAUCUGUCUCCUCAAUGGCUACCAGGUUAUUAAACUGAACCCUAGUAUUUGUAGGUGGAUGGAGCUCAAAAUUAGAUCCCCAAAGUUCAUUGGCUUCUGCUGUUUUCUCUGCUGGAUCCUACAUCUAUUGAUAAAUUCAUGUAUUCCUGUAAUAGUGAAUGGUCCAUCAAAUAGCAAAAACCUUAGUGUCAAAACUAAUGGAUACUGUUCCUGGAAUGGGGUAUUGAGAUUUAACAUAUUAUAUACAGUCAUAUAUUUUUCCCUUGACUUUAUGAGUUUGGGCUUCUUGGUGUGGGCUAGUAGCUCCAUGAUCUCCAUCCCACUCAGGCAUAAACAGCAAGUACAGCACAUUCGCAACAACAGCCGUGCCCCCAGAAUGUCCCAUGAGGCCAGAGCCACACGCACCAUCUUCGUCCUGGUGAGCCCCUUUGUUACUUUUUAUUCAAUCUAUGCUAUUUUGACUGUUUGGAUGAAUGUGGUUGCAAAUCCAGGCCAGUGGAAAGUGAACAGCACUGUGCUCCUCUCGUUGUGUUUUCCAGCACUCAGCCCCUUCACACUCAUGUUCAAAGACACUCGAGUCUCUCAGUUCUGCUUUGUCUGUAGGGCAAGGACAAAUUGUUUUCCCAAUGUGGUUACAGUGAUAUGA